UCAGGAAGGAGAAAAACAAAACAAACCCGAGAGAGCUUUAAGAGCGUGUGGACUCCAUUGAAAAGGGAACCAUAUUAUCUCCAGCACGGAAACAUACACGAGGUCCAAGACUUGGAGACGUAGACGGGAUGCCUUAAAAACCCUGAAGUAUAACAAAGAACCAGGAGAGACCACAACAGACCGGACCGGACCAGGCUGAGCCCAGCUACUCAUCUUCUCCCUCCCCCCCUCCCUCCAGCCUUACAGGCUGCACUCCCCAGCACUCGGAUCACCCCCCUCAGCACAAAUUUAUUGAGCUGAUCAGAAAAUUAUACACCACUGGGACUGGACAAGAGAACCAGAGGUUCCCGCCGCUGGAGCGCGAAGCUGUGCCUGGCAAUGCCUCAGCCCAGCGUCAGGGGGAUGGAGCCUCCCUUUGGGGAUGCCUUUCAGAAUUACUCUUUUGCGGACCAGGCCCUGACCAGCACUGAGCUGCUGGCCACCAGCUCUGACCCAGAUUUCAUGUAUGAACUGGACAGAGACAUAACCCACCGGCAGAGUCCCGGCGGGGACAGCAUAGUUGGAAUUGGAGAUGGUGGCAAAGAGAUGGAGGGAGGUGUUGAUCAGCUAAUGGGUCUCGGAGAGUGUGAGACAGUGUGCAGCAGCUCAGCGUUCGAACAGUGGGACACCUACUGGGAAGAUCUCACCAGAUACACGCGGCUGGCCAGCUGUGACAUCUGGGGAACCAAAGAGGUGGACUUCCUUGGAUUAGAUGACUUUUCCAGUCCCUAUCAGGAUGAGGAGGUGAUUGGUCGAACCCCGACGCUGGCUCAGCUCAACAGCGAGGAUUCUCUGCCCGUUAGUGAGGCACUCUACCACCCUGUUGACCUGAGCCUGCCUGCCCCCCCGCCCCAGCCCCUGACACCCCAGCUCCCCUCCCACAGCAAGAGAAUCCUGGUCCCUGGACAAGGGUCAGGCCCCGGCUCUGUAAGGCCUUCCCCCAGCGCCACGUCCUCCUCCCGCCCGUCCCGCAGCCUUCUCCCAGAUUUUCCCGAGGGCUCCCAAAAAGCAACCCGACCCGUCCCGUCCAGCACCGAGACUAUGGCCAAGACCCAGAGCCACCUCAGCCUCACCCAGGACCAGAGUCACCCCCAGAACAAGCCAGCGGGGCGAGGGACCAAGAUCGCUUUCCCCGCCUCUCAAGGCUCGGACUUUGUACGGAAGGCGAAAGUACGCAUCAGUUCCGUACACAGAGCCCUGGCCGACAGGCCCCCCCAGCCGGAUUUAGAGGGGUCCGACUCCUCCUCGUCGCUGUCCCAGCCUCCAGAUGAGAAAGCCUCCACUUCAGCAAGUGCCACUUUGGUGGGACCUCCCGCCGCCGCAGCCAGCAGCUCGGGAAGCCUGGCGGGCUUCGAGAGGAAAGCGGAGGGGGCGGCGAGGAGGGAGACCCCUGCAGCCUGGUCCGCUUCUGUGCCUCAGCUGGUGGAGGGGAGCCAGGCGGCGGAGGGCAGCACGUCCGGGCUGGUGAGCAGCGAUGGCGCGGUCGGGGCCAACUGCGGUGGCAACGGUGGCGUUCUGGUGGUCGAGGACUCGGAGCAGAGCAAGGAGGAAGAGCACAACUACUCACUCUUUCUGACCCGGAGCGGCCUGGUCAACAGAGCCCACUCCCAGCUAGAGGAAGAUGAGGACGAGGACGACGAGGACGAGGUGGAGGAGGGCGAAGGUGACGGGCUGGACUUGGAUGAUGAAGACCACGAUGAGGGUUUCGGCAGUGAGCACGAACUGUCUGAGAAUGAUGACGAGGAGGAGGAAGAAGAGGACGAGGACUAUGAAGCCGACAAAGAUGAUGACAUGAGUGACGCCUUCUCUGAGCCAGGCUGCGACAUGGAGCUGAUGGACGACAUUAAAGGCUUGACAGCUGGCGUCUCCAGCCGAAAGAGAGGCAAGCGCCGCUACUUCUGGGAAUACAGCGAGCAGCUCACCCCCUCCAAACAGGAGCGUAUGCUGAAGCCAUCUGAGUGGGACAGGCACACGUUGCCUAGCAACCUGUACCAGAAGAACGGGCCUCUUCAUGGAAAAUACAUGCUGAAGAAGUCCCGGCGCACCGACGUGGAAGACCUGACGCCCAAUCCACGCAAGCUCCUGCAGAUCGGCACAGAACUCCGCAAGCUCAACAAGGUGAUCAGUGACUUGACCCCAGUCAGCGAGCUGCCUCUGACCGCACGGCCGCGGUCUCGCAAAGAGAAAAACAAGCUAGCAUCAAGGGCGUGCCGUUUAAAAAAGAAGGCCCAGUACGAAGCAAACAAGGUGAAACUCUGGGGACUCAGUACAGAGUAUGAUCGACUGCUGUUUGUGAUCAACGCCAUCAAGGAGGAGAUCAUGAUGCGAGUAGAGGAUUCUUCUCCACGUCCAACCAACAUGACUGACACUCUGGAGCGCCUCAUCCAGGAGACACUUGUGCCAUCCCCUGUUGCCGGGCAGACCUCGGACUUUGUCAACAAGAUAUUGGAGAACACGGGACGCGGCGAUCCCACCGGCGGACUGGUCGGCCUGCGAGUCCCCACCUCCAAAAUCUAGGCAAACGGCGUCCACUGAGAGGAGUGGACUAAACUUUACCACCGCGCUGUCCCAUUGUAACUAUACUCCCCUCUGCAUGCCCUUCCAACUCAGAGUAGAUAUACAUUGUUAGUCACAGAAACACACAUACCACUCCCUGUGCGUAUGUAUGCGUGCUUGUUUUGGCCAUGCACCCGUAUGGCAUACACCCUAGCUUCCCGUACAUCAUUGUCUCCCAACCCAUCGUGACCGCCUGUUGAGUGAGGCACAUGUACAAGCAAGUGAUGGUUAGGUGUACAGCUAACAGCACGUCAUAAAGAGCCACGGCUGGACGCUGGGUGUACUGAGCAUAGCAUUGUGUGGGGUUGGUUCUGUGCGAGGACUGAGACAGACAGACAGUCACACGAGUGUAACCACUGGAAUACCGUCACACCUUUUUUCUGAGGUGGCAACGGAGGCAAAGGAAGAAUUGUUACAAACCAGACAUUGUCAAACGUUGAGGAAGAUCCAAUUUUUUUUUUUAAACCUUUAUUUUUUUAUAAUAUGGAUGAUCACCCGAAAUGACAAAAAAAAAAGGAAUUCCAGGUUGUUAAAUUGACCCGUUCACUAAAGCACUUUGACCAUGGCUUCAGUAGCCCAAACAAAAAAAAGAAAAAAAGCAAACAGGGCGGCAUGAAACGUUUUGUAGUGAAGGUCCAAAUAUGUUCAUGCCAUCCCCUGUUUGCCCAUCAGCUCUGCCGAAAAUUAGAGAUAGUUUUGGCAAUUUCAUCACUUGGAAAUGAAGCGAAAAACAUCCUGCUGGUUUGAAGCUCGUGGCCAGCAGGAGAAAGCUUCGGGGCUAAUUUUGAUGAUCUUAAAUGAUGAAAGGUGGUUGACCAUUUAAGGAAGAGGUGCACGCGGCAUGGUGCUUUUUGACCUUGUGCUGGUUAUAACUGGACUGGGUGAAAAAAAAACAGGCAUUUUGCCAAUAAUGGGAACAGACAGACUGUGAGGGAGAUGAUGAUGCCGAUGACAUACACAGUGACCCAUCUCCUCCAGGAAACUGUAUAUAAAAGUGUCUCUCGGACACUGGCUCCCAUUUUUGUACAGUAGAGUUGACCAGGCCGUUUGGUGAUGACAGUUUGGUGUGCUCAUACUAGUGUUUGAUCAGAGUUCUAUUCAUUGUGCCUUGUGUAUGUAUGUAUGUGUGUGUGUCUUUGUAAGUCUGAGUGAGUGUGUAUUAGAGGGGCAGAACAAUAGAAGAUGAUUGGUUGGAACUCCCUGAGAUCCAACUUAGGAGGGGGAGAUCGUCAGCGAAUAAGAGGAGGGGACACACUUGUGGGGUUUGAUGUGUGUUUCCGUUGUUUAAAGAUAUUCUGAAUGUACAUAAACAAAUGGAAGCUCUUGUUGCGUGAUGCCACAGAGUCUGUGUAUAUAGGAGGGCUCUGCAAUAGAUUACUUUUGGUUUUUGGUACUCUGUGUUGGGGUAUCGGGGCUGGGUCAACAGAUAUUUUUCGUUUAGAGUUACAAAAAAUAUUUGCACACUAUAUUUUGAUUGUUUUUUGUACCAAAGACACAUGCAACGAAAUGGCGACCAGCCAGUUAAAGUAAGGUUUUGCACAGCUUACCUGACGCCGUAUUGAAUGUAAGAAAUGUGGGAGGGUCAGGGAACUUCAGAGAACUGUGAAAAUUAGCUUGGGUCCAAUUCUGUACAGAAAAGGAACAUUUGUUUGUGUUUUGAAAUCUAAAAAUUAACGCCAUCUGUGGGCUUCUCCUGUAGAUUCGUUGCUUCGGAAGCACUUCAUUCCUGAACUGAUUCCUCCCUCCACAUGCUAAGUGUGUUAAUGGCGCUAGAUAGGACAAAAAACCAAGCGCUAGUAGAUAAGCUAUGUUACAUUUUUGCUUGUUUGUCGAUAUGUCACAAACAAUAACCAAAAUGUUCCUGUGUUACUUGUUUGAUUUCUGUCUGUUAGACAAGGUCUAGUUCACAAGCAAAAUAUUAACUGAAUUGUGUUUGACAGUACUGUACAUAGAAGCAUUGAUGAUGUAUCUAUCAAUGGUGAAAUGCCACUUUUCAUGACAAUGAUUCAUUUUUAAGCAUGACACAUUUCUAAAGCCUAUCCUUGCAUUGAGAAAGUUAGAGGAAAAAAAAAAACAAAAAACCAAAAAAAAAAAAAAAAAAUUAUCAUUAUAUUUUUGUAUUUAUAGCUGCCUGCUAAUUUUUCCUUUCCAUUUGGGGCUUUUCACUGGUCAGACAGGGAGAGGUUGAGGAAGAGAAGAGAAUGCUUUUAAAAGCAAAUCCGCUAGUUUGAUCUAAACGCAUUCACUCGAGCCCUCGAUUCUUUCUCGCGAGCUGAGUGAAAUACAGGUAGCCGGGACUGGUUUAUGACACAGUGCAGAGCCGAGCCUUGGAGAACGAGUGGAAUGUCAAGACGCUGACUUUUAGUGAGGUUCAGCAGCACUGCACACUGUCAUGUACAUUUCACAAGCAUUUGUUUUCUUUUGUAAGGACGAAGCCAGCUGAAUUUUAGCAUUUCCUGGGUUUGAUGUAUGGAACCCGCCUGGCCUGACUUUGCCUUCUGCUUUGCAGCUGUCCUAACUGGCCAUAUUAAAGCCCCCCUCAACCCAAAGAAAACUGAAACAAAAGUGCUCCACAAGUUCUUGUUUCCCAGAAAAUGUCAAAAUUCAGCCAGCGAGCGAUUUCAAAGCAAAUCUAAUCAAUGAUAACAGUCAGCAGUUGAAUUCAGGAUAUUUAAGGUGCUGAAAGUUUCCUUUAGAGAAGUGAUGUCAAACGAUGAUGAGGUUUUGGCUUGUAGGUCUAUAUUCAGUUUCAUCCGUUCCAUCCAAAAAGGGAGUAAUGGUGCUUUUUCAGGAAGUAGAAUGACGAGUAUCCAUGAUUCAUAUUUAACUUCUUUGCCUAGUUGUAGCCUAAUGACUCGCUCUCCCCUACCGUCCAUAGCUAUUUUCUUAGUCAUUCAUUUUGGUAAAUAAACUUUGAAUUCAUAUGUAUCUUCUCAAUGUUAGAUAUAUCAUAUAGAUUACUUUAUCUUAUAUGUUUAAAAAAACAAAAGCACUUUGUCCAAAAAAGAAAGAAAAAAACAAAAAAAAAAAAAGAAAAGCAUUUUUUUUCUUCCAUUUGCUGCUAAAUGGCCUCGUGUGAAUGCUGCAAGUGUACUUGACGACUACUUGCUUGGAUAAGUCUAUUAUCUGACACGGCUAGGUCUAUGAACUAGCAAGGGGGCAGGUGUGUGGCCUGACAAGGGUUAGAGCUACAAAUGUCUGUAGCCGUGGGAUGAGAAGUAUUGCGUGGGAGCGUAUCAUUGCUUGGCUUUGGGAAGCCCAGUGUCUGACGGGAGAGGUCUAUUUCCUGGUCAGGGACGGUGCGCUGGUAUGUUUGUGGUCUUAAACAAAACGAGAAAAAAACAAAACGUAUUAAAAAAAAAGAAAAAAAAAGAGGGUUUUGAUUCCAGGGCCCCUACGUUGAUCCUGACGCCGACCCCCUCGGCGUCAUGAUUCAUUUGCCUUCAGUAGAGGUUUCCUAUGGAAAAACAGAUUCUGCUUUGGCUUCCUCUUCAGGGUGAUGUACAGUGUAGACACAUUUCCUCAGAGAGCUAUAUUGUUAUCAUUUGUAAACUGAUUUCUACUUGUGACUUAAUGAGGAGGGGUUUAGCCUGGGGCGGCCGGGGAGGAUCGCGCUUGAAAGAUGCUGUCCCCGGCCGCCCUGGGGGAAGUUACUAUAUCACUGUACUGUAUGGCAAGCCAAUUACAAAUGGAGACUCAAUCCGGACACUUAUUGCCUUCUGAAACGACUUUUCACAUCCACAAAAACAAGAAAUAACAAUAUGGCAGACAUGUUUGUAGCUAAUGGGCACGCCCGGGGGUUUCUGACAUGGAUCUGCCAGCUCGGUAAACAACAACCGCAACAAACAAAACCAUUCAGCCUGAUUGGCUCAAAACAACCUUGACUCGAGUAGCGGG